AUGGGCAAUACAGAGAGUAACGUAACUAGUGGUGUAAAGAAGCAGGCGGGAACGUCGGAUCAGAAGCUUUACAAGCUUAUUAAUUUAAAAGGUGGAGGUCUUCUGGUAGACAUGAUGAAGCGGGCCGUCCAGAACAAGCAGUACGCAGAGAUCGACCACGCUAUCAAAACCAAAGUGGAACCAUUCUUGUAUAAUAAGGGCAACGGUCGUUACAUACCUAUAUCACAUCUUGUUUUGUUUCGGAACAAAGAAAGGCCCCGACACAAAUUGUUGCCUGCUUUGAGAGGAAUGGAGAAUCCUGACGAAGAAUUUGACGUUGAGAAGGAUUGGCCCGUCGUGACGCAAGCGCAGUACGAUGCAAAUCCUUCAGCUUAUAGAGAACUGUGCUGGGAUUUGAAGGAGCGGGGAGCUGUCGGGGAAACCAUACUUCAUCUAUGCUUAUUGAACGCUACUACUCUUCGGGGUGAUCUUGCAAAGAGGAUCCUGCGCUUCUAUCCAAAACUUAUUAACGACAUUUAUAUUAGCGAUGAAUAUUACGGUGAGAGUGUACUCCACAUGACGAUAGUGAACGAGAAUCCAACUAUGGUGAAGUUCCUUCUGGACGCUGGAGCAGAUUACCACGAGCGUUUCUGUGGUAAUUUUAUAUGCCCCGAGGAUCAGAAAGCGUCACGCUAUGACUCAUUGGACCAUGAGUGGGUUAAUGUACAACCUAACACUAACUAUGAAGGUUACGUAUAUUGGGGUGAGUAUCCCCUCAGCUUCGCAGCAUGUCUGGGUCAAGAAGAAUCCUACCGGCUAAUCCUAGCACGAGGCGCUAACCCUGAUAAACAAGAUACUAAUGGAAAUACUGUACUACAUAUGCUUAUUAUAUAUGAUAAAAUGAGCACAUUCGACAUGGCAUACGAAGUGGGUGCGUCUCUAAACAUACGCAAUGUUCUUAACCUGACGCCUCUAACACUGGCGGCCAAGCUAGCCCGUACAGAUCUUUUUGUCCACAUCCUGAACAUUGAACGGGAGAUCUACUGGCAGAUCGGAGCCACCACUUGUGCCGCUUAUCCAUUAGGACUGGUGGACACUAUUGAUACUGAAACUGGACUUAUUCAUAAAGACUCCGCGCUUAAUUUGGUUGUGUUUGGUGAAAAAGACGAGCACUUAGAACUUCUGGACGGCAUGCUCAUCAACCUGUUAAAGAUCAAAUGGAAUACAUUUGUGAAAUUUCGUUUCUAUCGGCGCUUUAUUGUAUUUUCGUUUUACUUCUUAGUGUCGCUUGUUUGCUUCACUUUACGCCCAGGGCCACCAGAUCGCACCGCUAACUCCACCGUAGUGAACUCCACAGUUGGUCCAAAUCUCAAUUUCACUCUUGAUGUCGCAAACUGUACAGCGAUUCCUAAUGCGACGGAACUGGAUCCUGGUGCAGUAGAAGUGAUUAAUGUAACGAAACCAGGCAUUCACUGCAGUCGUUUCAAGAGCCAUCGAAAAGAUAAGGACAAAUCUUUUGAUUCACCAAGAGAGUCAAUGGGAGAUUGGUGGCAGGAUCUUACAGAAGAAUGCAGGUUAAUGAAUUUUGAUUCGUGGCAAGCAAAACUACGAAUUUCAGGAGAAUUAUUACUUUGGCUCGGGGCUUUAGCGUAUAUAGGAGGCGCACUCAGAGAAGCGAGGUUUUUGGGAUUAAAGAUGUUUAUUGAGAACUUGAGUACUGUACCCUCGAGGAUAAUGUUUCUAUUUUCCUGCCUGCUAAUGUUGGUGCUGCCAACUCUGAGACUCUGGUGUGCUGAUGAGGAGGAAGAUCACCUUGCUGUAAUUAUUAUGCUUACCACUGCUCCGUAUUUUUUAUUCUUUUGCAGAGGCUUCAAAACUGUCGGCCCCUUCGUAGUAAUGAUCUAUAAAAUGGUGAUGGGAGAUCUAUUGCGUUUCGUUUGCAUCUAUUUGGUGUUCGUCAUGGGAUUUUCGCAAGCGUACUACGUUAUAUUUUUAUCAUUCGAUAAUCCGAACACGCCGGAGGGAGUCGACGACUCGGUGUCGAACCCCAUGCCAUCUCCUAUGGAAAGCAUUAUGGCCAUGUUCCUAAUGUCGCUCACCUCCUUCUCAGAUUAUUAUAGCGCGUUUGAACGUACGGACCACGAGAUUGAAGCUAAGCUGCUAUUCGUCCUGUACAUGAUAAUAGUGGCCAUACUUCUUGUCAACAUGUUGAUCGCUAUGAUGGGAAACACUUAUCAGAAGAUAGCGGAGACGCGCAACGAAUGGCAGAGACAGUGGGCUCGCAUCGUGCUGGUGGUGGAGAGAGGAGUGACGCCACAACAGCGAUUGAAACAGCUGCUGACUUACAGCCAGCCGAUGGCCAAUGGGAAGAGGGCGCUGGUUUUGAGGAUUAAUCAGACGGAUGAAGAAAAAGAAGAAAUGAAGGAGAUUUUUGAAAUGAAACGAACUCACGACAGGAUUGUUGCAAAGAGGAAGCAACGUGAGGCGGAAAUAAAGCGAUUCAAGGGACGUCCGCCUCCGCAGCCUGUUCGCGACUAUCCCAUUAAGAAAUAA